AUGUGUUCGUUGUUCACGCCAAUAGAGAUGUAAUUAAGAAGGGGAAGCACCAGGAUAAGAAGACACUCCUGGAUGAGAUUACAACCCCAGCCUCAGCUCUCAGAAACACAAGUGGUGGAUUGCUGGUAGUACAUUUAAAAGGUCAGUUUCCCGAAGACAGAAGCUUGGAAUAUUUUGAUGAGUUCAUCAGCGGUUCUUUGAAUAAUCUUAUUUCCAACGGAACCCUCUAUGUGCAUGUGUAUAAACGUGCUUGGCUAAAUCUGAAGACUGGAUUUCAAGAAUUUUCAGAUUUUGUAGCAAUAAGAAUUGAGCAGGACAAUUCAAACGUAGCCACAGUUACCUUUAAUACCAAAAUACGAUCUGACUUUGAAACGAGGGACCCUUCGAUCUUGAAUCUUGUUUCCCUUUUAACUAAUAAGCCAAGAAAUUCGCAGAGUGUACCACAGAUUAGAGGAUUACCAGUACACACUUCCAAACAAUUUGAAUGUCGAAAUUGUGAGUUCAAAGCCUUUCAGCCAAUGCCAGAGAAGGUGAAUGAAAUUAACGAAGGCAAGCUUGACAUUGUGGAGUAUCUGUGGUCAGAUCUAAAGCUGAGGGACAACAUAACUUCCUUUACCAAGGUACCUGAUGGAGGAUCCUUGUAUGUAGGGAUUUCUGAAAAACUGGACACAACCACAAAGUCAAAGUAUCCUGUUAUUACCGGAUUUCAGCUUGAAAACACUUAUGAACCUGAGGCUUGGGGGGUGAUCAGUGUUAGUGACCAUCAGUUCAAACUGAGGAUAAACAGAAGUCAGCUUGAAAGGAAAAUAUUUGACAAAUUAAGUGAGUUAACUCUCCUGAACCUAAAUGGUGAAUUCAUAAAUCCUCCAAAUGAUAUGAUAAAAGUCACCUUUCACAAGGUUGAAGGACGUUCAGCAGACCUGCAUGUUCUUGAAGUAUCUGUCUGCUACUUAGAUGGGGUACUGUUUUUCGAUAAUGGUCCAAGGUCCCAUGUUGUGGACACCAGACAGAGACCCAACAAAUGCAAGCGGAUGACCAAUGACGAAUGGUUGGACAGAUUGUUUCGGCGCUGUGUAGGUUGUGGACAACAGUGGGGUUAUUUCAACAAGUAGCAGACGACACAAACAGUAUCUGUACAUCAGCUACAUUUAAAGACAUUAAGAUUCAAAAGUUGGUCUUCAUUAAGGAAAGACUACUAUAGUGUUGUGGUAGUUGCUGUUCACACGUAACGGCCUGUAGUGGAACGUUGUACAGUGGAAAUGAAACAGUAUUUAUCGAUACGCAUCUCAAUUUUUAAAUAUCACGAGGGUCCAGUGACAAGGCUGCCACAAUCACAAUAUUUUUCAACAGUGUGUUUCAUGUGUACACUUUCUUAAACUUCACGAGGAUCCAGUGACUGUGGCUUUAUUUCUGAGAUCCCACAAAAGAGUCCAUCAUAGUGAAGCCAGGUACGUGUACUGUCGGCCAUGUCGUCGUCUGAAGAUGAGGAGUCGAGUGCUUGCAUCCCAGAGGAGGAUAUCGUCUGCUCACUGACAAGGAGCGAUGACUCGGAUACAGAUACGGAAUCUGAAACGAUGGACCACCUUGCAGAAAUGGACAUGCUGCUUCCAUCGUUCGAUCUUCAAGAUGACGAAUAUCACAAUAUCCUUUCUGCCGGUAUGAUUCCAUCAGCCGAAUCCUUCAUAGUCCCAGGAGCCAUGUCCCAGUAUUUACAGCACCACCAGCCGGCCAUAUACAGCAAGGCAAUACAGGUACAUGGAGGUCAAGGAUCCAUAGUGUACAUCCCUGCCGCCAUCAUUAACCGCCAUCAGUUCCAGAUUUCUCACCCCAGGCCUAACAGUGUCUUGUGUGAUGCGUUUGUGUUUCAUCCUUCCUGGCCAAUCAUGCUGCUCACCUUCUCAACACAAACCAAGUCCCGAGUGUCCCGAUACAACGCUAGUGUGGCCAGAGCUGGCAUUCUGCUGCUGAGCUCACACCUUCAAGACACCUUCACUUUUGUCCAUGGAGUGAUUGACACCGCUACAUGGCAAUCUGAUACUCUGUUUGCUGAAAAGAUUAGGGAAUUCGAAACCUCUGCAGAGAACUUUUCUGUUCCUAUUUCCCUACAAAUGACUGAAGUCAAAUGCAGAAGUGCAAUCAAGGUUUUGCUUAGAACAGACUCAGGCCAAGUGAACAGGACAAGAGGAGCAGAAGAAAAUCUCUCAUCAGUCUGGCGUCCAAUGAGUCCGGACGAGAACUGCGACAAACACAAUGAUGUACUAGGACUUGGAUACUUAGUAUUUUUCGGAAAGGCUGUCAAACGAUACAUAUUUGAAGAACUAUUUCCAUACCCGGAAGAAUUGUGAUAGUUCUUCUUGGAACAGUAUCCUGCUACCACAUUUCCAGGGAGAGAUUCAUCUACAACUUCCCCUCUGUUCUUUAAAUGGAAGUUAUGUUUAUUAGAUUUAUUGUUAUGAUAUGUAUAAGUGCUAAUGAUUAAUGUAAUGCCUUGUUGACAUGAUGUUAGUUAUAUCCCACGCUACCUGCUUCCUUCGCCUUGUGUCUUGUCUUGACGGAUCCAGCUCCCAACACCACAGAAGUGUCGUAAACCCAGCGUGACACAAACACAAAUGUCAGAUCACCAAUCCCUGAAAUAUGUUACAGUCAAAGACUGGUGCUUGCUAUGUUAUACAAAUGGAACAAAUAUACACAGUGACUUGCUUGAUAAUUGCCUGCUAUCAUAAAAAGAUUAAAUUUCAGGAUUAUAAGUUAUCAAAGCGACAUGAUAUUUGUGAAGGCAGGUUUACGCUAUGACUUGGUGCGUGUUCCGUCUGUGUCUCCGAUGUAGCUACUUCUCCGCUCGCCUAUAAACCAAUAAACAGAUACUCGAGAUGGCUGCAGCUAUAUAUUGAGUCAUGUCCGUGUGACACAUUCAAUACAAUAAGUUACGGUUCUGUUCUCUUCAAACAUAUUCCACAGAAAAAGUGAAAGUUCAUGUUCAAGUAUAUAUUUGAUAAACUGAACAACACUACAAGACCAGAGGAGUUGGCAACUGACUGAUCGCAAAAUCGAGGUUUCUGUUUUCAAUGAUAUCUCGCCAUAGCACAUACCCAGAAUAUUAUGCUAAAUAAAGUUAUAUCACUUCA